ACAUCGACAGUGAUCGUGGGGGUGGAGAUGAGGCCGGUCCAUUGAGACGUGUUGAUCGUGUUCGUUCACGGGGGGAGAUGAUUGCAGAUGAAGUUAUUGACAACCCUGACUCUGAUGAUGAUGAGGAGUACAUUCCUUCGGACGACGACAUUGACACAGAAGAACAUUGGAUCCAUGAAAUGGAAGCUGAAGCUGGUGAAAGGAGAAUUUCUUACAAGUCUAAUGGCCCUCUUGCAGUAGGAACUGUAGUCGAUGUUGUCUAUGCAACUGAACCGCCAAACCUUAAUGCCACGCCUGAAGAGACCCCGCGCUUUAAAACUACAGACUGGAUUGAUAAUGAAACGUUUUUGUCUUCGCCACAUUCGGAGCAACUUCAUGACAAAGUUCCAGAACAGUGAUCUUAAAAAUUUGGUUUGGGCCGCUGCAGCGCACUACUUCCCGUGUUGAUGCAGAGUUUUUACAUGAAGAUUUCAAGGUCAUAGUAGAUCUUAUUUUUCGAUUUUACCAAUUAGGUCAUAAACAAUUGAAUUUCAAAAGCCGGUGGAACUCCGACGGAAGAAAACGAUGAUAAAGAAGAGUGCUACAGCGAAAAAUGGUGUCCAGCAACGCGCUAGGGAAGACGAGGACUUUGUUGAUGAAAUGCCACUUAUAAAGACUAGAAAGUUUACAUGAGACUGUGUAAUGAAGAGGCAUUGCUUGAAAAAACAGGUCUGAAGAUCACAUGCUUUUAUAAUGUAUGGCUGGGCGUUAAAAGUGUUAAGGACCUCAUUUCAUACAUUGUGUAUUUGGAGACAAUAU